AUGACUUCCAAGGCUUCACUUCUCUUGUGUCUCAACAUCAUCUUCUUCACUAUGGUUAGCUCCACAUAUGUCCCAUGCAACCCACCCCCCAAAACUCCCAAACACCCAUCUGUCCCAAAACCACCUUCCCCAAAGCAAGCAAGUUGCCCCAAAGAGACUAUUAAGUUUAGUGUUGUGUGUGCUGAUGUGUUAGGUUUGAUCAACGUGCAACUUGGGAAGCCACCAAAGACCCCAUGCUGCAACCUCAUUCAGGGUCUCGCUGAUCUUGAAGCUGCUGUGUGCCUUUGCACUGCUCUCAAAGCUAAUGUGUUGGGCAUCAACCUCAAUGUUCCAGUGAACUUGAGCUUGCUUCUCAACUACUGUGGAAAGGGUGUUCCCAAGGGAUUCGUCUGCUAUUAAUGAAUAAACACUUCUAUAAUGU